CCAGAGUAGAGGGAGAGCCCCUGGAGAAGAGCCUGUUUGAAGUGGGAGCCUCUGCAGCAGCGUUUUAGCGGGAGGAUGAGAGGCGGGAAUUUGCAGUGUUGUGCCAGGCCCCAGGCGCGGAAGAGGGGGAGAGCCGGGCCAGCGGACGUGUGAGUGGAGCUCCCGGCUGGAAUGCACCAGCUCAGCAAGGGAUUGUCCUCCCCGGGCCAGGCAGGCGCUGUGCCGUGAGCCGGGUGCCCCGGCGGCCCGCGCCAUGGCGGCAGCAGACAGCACCUCAGCCACCCUCCGGCGCCGCGACCUGUGCAGCCGAGGCAUCCGCCUGGCUGGGAAGAUGCGCUCGGAUGUUGUCGACCUCCUGGACACCUAUGUGGAGCAGCAGGGCCUGGAUGCCUCGGCCAGCGUGGCGGCGGUGGAGGGGGUGCCGGUGGCAGCGGUGGAGCGCUGGGAUGAGCAGACGGGGACCCAGCGGCUGCUGGAGAACCUGGCGGCGUACCGGGCAUUCCGGGCCCUGCUGGCGCAGAUGCUGGAGGAGCAGCGGGAGCAGCUGGGGGAGGCCGAUGCCACGCUGGGCCGGGCGCUGGCGGCCGUCCUGCUCCAGGUCUCGGCCUUCACCUACCACCUGGAGGAGCUGCUGCGGCUGGAGAACCGCGGCCCCCCCGGCGAGGAGGGGGCUGUGCCGCCCGCGCCCCCCCCGCUCACCCUCUUCGAGAGGAAGCUGCGGGGCCUGGGCGUGCUGCGGGAGCUGGCCCAAUGGGCCGUGAGGUCCGCGCGGGACCUGCGGCAGCUCGCCAAGCCCAGCCCGGGCAGCGGCGCGGCCCCCAGCCCAGCCGAGAGCCUUUGAGGGCGGGCGUGGGGCAGGGCUUGGGUCCCGCAGAGUGGGGGGCUCCUUGCCCACCUCUGCAGAGGGCUGCUGACAGCGGAGGGCGUUGUUCGGGGAGGGGGGUGGACGGGAGGGACCAUGUCAUUAACCCCGGCACCCCCACGCUCUUGGUGCCGUUCCCUGUGGGGAAGCUGGGCCAUGGGCUGCGCUCCAUGCUGGAAGGAGUCAGGAAGCCGAGGCGGGGCGAGCCUCGGGGGGAGCUCCCUGGGAAGCUGCUUUGCCGCUCGCCCCAGGGCCACGACCCGAGCGCGCUGUGGCAGCGUUGGCCUUUUCCAUGAAGCCUGGUCGCUGCCCGGCUUGCCCUUGGCUGGGCGGACGGGAGCUGCCUCAGGGCUUGUGUGGAGGCAAGGCAGGAGUGAAGGGACAGAAACACGCCACCCGGUGAAGGAGCGUUGGGACCUGCCCCCAGCUGCAAGAUGCAAGGCUUGACCUCCUUCACGUGGACUCUCUGCCCGGCUCAUGUCCUCGCGUUUGGUGUGUUGGAAUUUCUGCUCUAACUGUUUGGGGACUUUUUUUGGGGGGGUGGAGGGGGGGCAUGAUCAGGAGGGGAUUUCUUAAUCGCUUGGACAAGGUAACAGAGAGGAUCUUUUAGCUGAAGGCUGUGAUUCACAAGACUCUCCACAUGGAGGUUUGUGCUUCCAGGGGUUAUUCUGGGACUGGGAACAGCAUGGAAGAUGAAACAACCCAACCACAUCGCUCACCCCGUGAACAGGAAUGCCCAUGCCAUGGUUUACUUGCUGAACGGAAGUGAUGGCUUCGAAACAAAUAAAAGGGAUGGGAUAUCUACUGGGACAACUGGGACUUCUUGGGGAAGCCUGGGCUGCCCCCUUCCUACCCCACCCCAAGGGAAGGUGGUGGCGGCACCGGGCCCAGCGCCUGCCCCAGCGCCUGCCAGGAGUGUCUGCGUGGGCACCGGGUGCUGCAGGAGGACAAAGGGUGAUGCUGCGCCAGGGCUUUCAGCACCCACCCUGCCCUCUCCACCAGCCACAGUGGGGAAGGUGGGGCCCCAGGGACGGGGCUCCCCACGACGCUGGGGGUGGUUUGGUAGUGCCCAUUUGCUUUGUGGGCGAUGCCCAAGAGGAAGAACAUGCACAUUCUACAUCACCACUUUCUGCCUGACCUCAGCUUUGCAGCUCUGCCCGGAUUAUUUGCAAUGUUUCUGUAUUUCUGCUUUUGGGAAUAACAAUUUCUGGCUUUUAUUUUUUUAA